AUGGUGAUCAAAUAUCCGAAUGUACCCUGGAUAUUCCUGGCAGUUUUUGUCUUCAUCAGUCAUAGCAAUGCUCAGUAUUAUCCCAUAACCGGCGUGACGACUGGUAUCAAUUCGAAUACAAAGGCUCGACCUUUCAGACAAAAUAUUAACGAUUUACAAAAUAAUACCCCACAAUGGUCGAUCUACAUUCAAGCGCUUCAAGCCAUGCAAGCUGAAAACGAAUAUACUAAUGGGCUUUCGUACUUUCAACUGGCAGGUAUUCAUGGUAGACCAUAUGUUGCUUGGGAUGGUGUAAAUCAAGCUAUCGGUGCUCCAACCACGGGUUAUUGUACACACGAUUCGGUUUUAUUCACUACAUGGCAUCGUCCAUACCUCGCACUCUUUGAGCAAGUCCUCGCUAGCUAUGCUCAAAAAAUAGCCAAAACUUACAUUUCAACGCUAUAUCCCAGCUACCAAGCCGCUGCAGAUAACCUACGCAUCCCUUACUGGGACUGGGGAUCCACCCCAAAUAUGCCCAGUGUCGUCAACGUCGCCACUGUCUCCAUCGUAACGCCCUCUGGCGCUACUACCUAUGUCAACAACCCUCUUUUCAGGUACAAUUUCCAAAACAAGCCACUAAAUCAGCAGCAAUUUCCGCCAGGAGAUAGUGACGGCAUGCUGGCACAAUAUAAUUGGACUGUGAGAAAUCCAGACUAUCUCGGUGGACAGAGUGAUUUUAACGCCGCGAAUACGAAUUUGCAGAACGCGGGGUUGGGAGAUCAAUGGACGGCAGUUAUGAAAUCAAAAAAUUUCAACAACUUUGCCACGAUGGCUAGCUCGGGGUCGAGUAUAGAAUCACCUCAUGGUGCCGUACAUGUUCUUGUAGGGGGUGCUUAUGGACAUAUGUCUUUUUUAAGCUAUUCCGGAUUUGACCCAAUAUUUUGGCUCCACCAUGCAAAUGUUGACCGGGUCCUUUCCAUGUAUCAAGCCAUCAAUCCUUCUACAUAUAUCACGUCACUAACCGAUUACUAUGGCACCUACACUAUUCCCCCAGGUUCUGUUGACACCGCAUCCACAGCACUCAAGCCCUUCGCCAUCGACAGCUCUACCUUCUUCACAUCUAAUACCUGUAGGUCAAUGUCACAGUUUGGGUACAGUUAUCCAGAGAUCAUGGAUUGGAAUAUGACAUCCACACAAAUGACAAGCUACGUAACAGGAAGAGUGAACGCGUUAUACAAUGCCGAUGGAAGUAAUUCGAAGAUCAAGAAGAGGAGUUUCAAGAGUAAAGAACCUUCAUCGAUACACCAAUUCGAAGGGUCAGACACGAACAAAACACUACGAGAAUGGACAGCAGCACUCAGCGUCUCCAAGUUUGACCUCAAAGGUCAACGUUUCAUUAUUCGACUUUUUCUAGGGGUGAUACCAGACAAUCCAAAGACAUGGGGGAGCAGUGAAAGUUUGGUAGGGAGUUUGGUCAUUUUACCUCCACCGGGAUCUUCUGCCAACGAUGCGUCGACGGCAUUGGCAUAUGAUGAGAUUGUUGUUUUGAGGGAACCCGCUAUUGGAGGGGGUUAUAAAGGGUACGAUGAAGAUGGGGACGGGGAAGGAACGGAAGAAUUCUUGAAGAGGAAUUUGAGGUGGAGGGUGCAGCUUGUUGAUAAUACUCCGCUACCCUCGAAUUCACUAGCCACUCUGAAAAUUAGCAUUGGCGAUGAAGUUGUAGCUAUUCCGCACGAUAUCACGAAAAAACCGGUUUAUGGGACGAAAACUCUGCAUCCUGACAUUGUUGUCGGUGGGGAUUAA